ACAGUAACAUUAGUAUGCACUAACAUAGUAACACUGUAGUAACGGUAACACAGUUGUAUUUAGUAAUAUACUCUGCCUGUCCUACUCUGCCAGUGUGUGCCACACUCUGCCUGCAGAAGGACCUGCCCAUCAACACUUCUACCCUACAGCCUCCAUGUCCCAUUUGGGGAAAGCACAGAAAUACUACCCUCACCCGCUACCAACCUCACCUGCUACCAACCCCACCCGCUACCAACCCCACUCUCACCUGUUACCAACCUCACACACUACCAACCUCACACACUACCAAUCCCACCCUCAACCAACCCAAACGUCACCCGCUACCAAGCCCACUCUAUACCAACCCCACCCUCACUCGCUACCAACCCCACCCACAGUCCCACACUGAGUAGUGCCAAAUAAAUAUGAGUCAAAUUCAUGGAGACUUGUGUCAUUGCUUUGGGAUUGGGGGGGAAAAGGAACUUUCUGCACAAUGCUUUGCUUGUGGCUGGUGAUGAUGGGAUUAGUAGUGCGGUACAGUCCAGAGAACAGUUUUCUCUUUAAACAUAUGCCCUCCCUUUGUCUAUUGCAUCUCCCAUUCUCUCCCCAACCUACUUAACUGCCACCCCUCUAGCCCUGGCAGAGUGGCAGGAGGAACUUGACAAAUAGACAUGGAACUGCUCCUGAGAGCCGAGUGCAUUUCCAUCUGUUCCCUUGGGGCUACCCAGCGCCAUGUGUUGCACAUACAGUACAGAGACAGGGAAAGAGAGAUGGGGGGCUGCAGGGUGACUUCUAGACCAGGGUUUUUUAAUUCAGUCAGAAGAUGAGCUGAGAAGAACCAACACCAACAUAUUCCAUAGUGAUGCACUGAUUGUACAUCAGUCCCUGCCCCAAUGAGCUUACAGUCUAAGGGACCUAUCACAGUUCCCCAAAUAUUUGGCUCAGCCAUUGAUCUCUCACACUGACACUAAUUAUCCUACCUACAGACUUGUCCUCACACCAAUAGAAAUAUUUUCAUUAACGCCACACCCCAAUAAUCCAACUUCAGGACUUCCAUAAACACCUGGGGCACCAAUCCGGGCACAUAAUUUCCUCCCUUACUGGAAACCUCGGGCGGAGUCCAGUGCGGAACAAUGAUCCUAUUUAUAUAGGAUCCAAUUAACAGAACUGACUCAACUAUCAUUAAAAUAUCACAGUCCGGCACCGGUUCUACUCGUAUUGUGGCACGAGGCACAUUGGAGGUUCUGGACAAACCAUAUAAUUAGGAAUGUGAAAAGCCUGCCUUGUACCUGGAUCAGGGAUUGAAGCUCUUAAGGAAUCCGGUCACCCACUGCCACCCAACAGCGAGGGUCCCUCUUGGAAUAAAAUAGAGUCGAAGUGGGUUCUACUGGAUCAGAACUUCUCAAACUUAUUUAAUUUAAGCCCGACUUGGUCAAUUUGUCAGUCUCCCCAAUUCUCACCCUAACUACCCCAUUAUAUUGUUAUAGUCAAUAAGAUAAAGGGGUUUAAGAAAAUACUUUAGUUCCCCUUUAAAUUAAACCAUAAACUCUUCUGACUACAGGUUGGGACCCUAGGAGUCUGCAAGUUUGACCUUAGUUGACUCACUCAUUCCAAUGUGGGAGGGGCUACACCGUCAGUCUGUCGAGGGCUUUAUAAUCAGCCUUGCGAUGAAGUGACUGAACUGCCUGCGAGGAAGAGGAGCCAGUGGCACACUCACGUUGUACACCAGAGAUGGACUCACUGAAAUGGAUGCUGUCGUUAUUCGGAAUCUUUCUAUUGAGCACAGAAUUUCCAGCAUGUUCAGCAUUGGCUGCAAGAGGACUGUAUGAGAAGUUGUUCCAGACUCAGUUUCUGGAGACUCACAAUAAUUACCGAAAAAAGCACAACGUUCCUCUACUCAAACUCAAUGAGGAGCUCAGUAAAUCAGCUCAGCAAUGGGCCAACUACCUGCUGUCCAUCCACAAACUGCAGCACAGCAACAAGGGCGGAGAGAACCUUUAUUUUAGGUACAGCUCCAGCACUGGGACCCUGGCAGGAAAUGUGGCUGUGGAUGCCUGGUACAAUGAGGUUAAGGCUUAUGAUUACAACAAACCUGACUUUAAACCAGAAACAGGGCACUUCACUCAGGUGGUCUGGAAGAACUCCAAGGAGCUGGGAGUUGGGGUAGCCACUGACAACAAAGGGACUUUCUAUGUGGUGGGACGGUACAGCCCAGCGGGGAACGUUAUUGGACAGUUUAAAAAUAACGUCCUGCGCCCCAACUAAAUAUCAAAUGAGAGGACCCCUCUGGUGAUGGGCUGCAAGUCUGUCCUUCUGUUCUGAAUUACGUGAGCUGCGUCUCCUCGAAUACUCCAGGGCUAAAUGGGGCCCAAAGGGUUAAAGAUUUCCGAAUCCCCAUGGAAAACCAGAAGAUAUCAUCCGUACAGUCGGCUUUCUGGCUAACAGGAGGUGGUGGUUAAUGGGUCCUAAUAAUCAAAUGGGUUGAUGGGUCCACUUUGGAUGAAACCUGCGCCCAUUUCCAUUAGCCCCAUGAUGAACCCUAUAGUAUGUCUGGGGAUUCCUAUCUCCCGCAGUGAUUACCUAGGUACAGAGCUCUGAUUUUCUGUACUUCCUGCUCUUGGGCUGCUCUCUUUUCUAUGGUCAGGAAUGCUGCGUGACUUGCAGUAGAUCUGACUGGAAUUUUCCCCUUUUACUGAUGCAUAUCGGCCAUGUGUAUCUGGAAUUCCUUCUAGUGGCUAAAGACAAUGGGAAGGAGAGCAGCACAGGAGAAGGAUCUGAGCUCUGUACAUGGGUAAGAAUAGUGGGGUUCUCUUACCAAUGGGGAGGUUUUAGAGGAGUGAACAGAAAUACACCCUGUACCUUGCCCAGGUACAAAGUUAAGAUCCUACAUAUUGGAGUGUGAGCCUUAGGGGCAAGCCUGCCCCUGUUCCUUUUCUCGUUGCCCUUACAGUAUCUCCUCUCAGUAUUUAACUCUUCUUCUGCUGCUGAUUGAUUAUAUAUUUUUUGGGCUGGAAAAUAAAGAAAUGUGCAUUUGGAAGCA